AUGCCCUGGCGUAAGAGGAGAUGUCAAUACUGCCAAGAGAUUUAUUGGAGUGACAGACUGCUUCGCGAACACUUGCAGAAAUACGUUGGCGAGUGGCGUCUUCCGGCCGACGGCAUCCAUGACUUCUCGGAGAUCACCCAGAUCUUGCGUCAGCCUCGUCAAAUAAGCUACGAGGCUGCUGAUUAUCUGAUAUACAAAUGCUGGACCUGUGCCAAGGUCAUCAAAUCUCGCCGUCGGUUCAUUGAGCAUGUUGCUCAUCAGCGCCACUGUGGCUUCACGUACAAAUUCAAAGGAGCGACCUACCGCCCGCGGCGUCCAUGGCCCUUCAAAUUCAGCGAGGAGAGUGUGCAUAUUCGCAAGAAGACAUUUCCAUUUCUCCGUCUUCCUGUAGGUCAGUUGUCUCUUUGCCCCAUUUCAACCGGUGACUUGGUGCGCGACGGGCAACUAUCGUCUGGUCCCAGCAAAUUUCUUGAAGCUGCGUGA